AUGCUGGCAUCACACACUCGUCGUUGUUUAUCGUGGCGUUUUCUCGCAGUUUUUCCCGCGUGUAACGCGAGAUGCAGUGGCACAAGCAUCCACCACGGCAGUUGGGCUGGCAGUGGCACCUGCUGUGGUGGGAAGCAGGAAUGUGUGCCGUUUAUCACACCAGCACUCUUAUGCAUGAUUCGUCUCCACAGCGAUGCCACCGGGGAUCGAAGUAAGCCGCUCACAUUGCACGUACAGCUUCCGGAUGGCACCACACGCGACGUGAAGGCGUACGAGGGGCAAACACUGCUCGACGUCGCCAUGGAAGAAAGGCUGCCCAUUGAAGGUGCAUGUGGAGGGUCAUGUGCCUGCUCCACAUGUCAUGUGUAUUUGGAGAAUGAAGCCGCAAUGGAGCUCUUUGACGAGCCAACGGAUGAGGAAAACGACAUGCUUGACAUGGCCUUUUUUCCGCAGGUCACCUCGCGCCUGGGGUGCCAGCUGAGGUUGGUGCAGAAGAAACACGACGGGCUUAAAAUAACGCUUCCACAUGCCACGCGCAACAUGUACGUGGACGGCCACACCGUAACGCCACAUAACUGA